AUGGAUUCAGCCACGGCGGCGUCGGUGUACGGCAUGAGAUUCCCCGUCACCGCACGCUCGCGGGAUGACCCGCGGCUCCUGGGAUGGAGGAUGGUUGAUGGCAAAAGCCAGGCGCUGCAGCAGCGACACCUGGCCGAACUGGAGGCGGAGGGCAGGAAGAUGAAGGACCAACCGAAGGAGGACACGCCGGGAUCGGGGAUGCUGGCGGCCAUUGCGCACUUUGAUGCGUUGCAAGCAGCAAAGAAACCUGUGAUCAAGGCGGAGGAUGACAUCGCGCAAUUUGUGCAGGCAGCAGCCGGGAAGGUGUUGGGCUGCUGGUGUGACCUGCAGUUGAGGGCUGCCACGGCGGCGUCGGUGUACGGCAUGAGAUUCCCCGUCACCGCACGCUCGCGGGAUGACCCGCGGCUCCUGGGAUGGAGGAUGGUUGAUGGCAAAAGCCAGGCGCUGCAGCAGCGACACCUGGCCGAACUGGAGGCGGAGGGCAGGAAGAUGAAGGAUCAACCGAAGGAGGACACGCCGGGAUCGGGGAUGCUGGCGGCCAUUGCGCACUUUGAUGCGUUGCAAGCAGCAAAGAAACCUGUGAUCAAGGAUGACAUCGCGCAAUUUGUGCAGGACAGGGGCAGGGUCAGGAUGGGCCAGGUCAGCUGGUGGUGGGCUAGUCGGCUACCCCAAAGAUCCAAGGCCUUUCUCUCCGCGAUCGGCUGCUGCGGCAGGCAGCCGGGAAGGUGUUGGGCUGCUGGUGUGACCUGCAGUUGA